UUGUAGUAUAAACAUAGAGUUGUUUUUUAUAAACAACGUGUAGGAAUAUUUAAAAUUUCUUGCAGACGAAAAGUCCGGGAAAUUACAACUUGGCAUUUUUGCCUUUGUGUGUAUUUUUAAUAAGCUGAAUGAUGUCAGAAAAUCUGCAAAUAUUUGAAGGUCUGACUGCAUGGUUUUCUGAUAGUGUUUCCACUGAAAGACAAAGAAAAUGGAAGGAAAAAGGAGGAAAACAAGCUGAUUUUGACUCUGCACAAUUUAUAUUUAGUGAAAAUGCAGACAGUCAAGAUACAAAACAAAUAUUUCAAAGUGGUGCCUAUAGAGAUGAACAUCUAGCAGUAUUUCAUGCAAAGUAUAUUUCUGAUUCUACAAAAGUGCCAUCACAGAAAAUAGCAGUUGGAAAAUACUUCUUACCUCCAAAAGAAAUACAAUACUUGGUAAGAAGACAGAUGAAGUACAUCUGGGAUGAUACAGACAGUGGAGUAUCCAGUGAGGAGGAGGAUGACGGAAAAGCAAUUGGUGUUCAUAUUGGUGAAGAUAUACAGAAUACAGACUUUAUAUCUAAGAAAGACAAUUAUAUAAGGAAAAGUGAUGGACAAAGACUUGAUAAAAAGACAGAACCUAAGGCAACACCAUCUAAAAAAAGACAGAAUGCCUCAAUGUUAGCAAAUUCACCAGAGGGAAAAUCAAAAAGACAUGAUGAUUCUAUUGUACAUAAACCACAAUCAAAUAGUGAUAAAAGAAAAUCAAAUGAGGAUGUGCAAAAUUACAGUUUCCGCAAAAGGACUCCCAAAAACUACAGUGAUUUGCAAAAUAUUGAUGUUGGUGAUAUCGUACUAGAUAACUCUGAUAAAUCAACCACAGACUCACAUGUCAAAACAAAUGGACAUUCUAGUCAGACAAAGGGUCAACAUAAUCAAGAUUUCUUUUGCAUUGAUGAUUUACCAAAAGUCACAAGUGAAAUGGAAGAUCUCAUACCUGGACAAAAUGGAUUUGAAGUAGUGUCAAAGUCAUGAAACAAAAUGUAACUUACUUUAGUGAAAUUUUAACUGAAAAAUUCAGCAAUUUUGAAUGCUAAUCAUCAGUUUUUCGUAAACAGAGAUGUAUGAAAAGAAUACAGAGGAUUGUAUUGAAUAGCACAAAUUUUAGUCAGAAAAUGUUGUCAUCUUUCUGUACUGUCACAUAUUCCUGGGAGGAUACUUUUUUAAAGUUUAAAAGAGCGAAAAUAUGUAUAUAUGGUUACUGCCCUUAGUUUUGGUUUUAGACAUUGGAGUGCUGUGAUGACUGAUGAGUUAAUGUUAGGAUCAUGUCUUUUCAUAAAUAGAACAGACCUUUUUGAAAUUUCUGCACACAAAGUUGUAGUUCAUGAAUACAAUCUCUCUUUAUGUUUAAUGUUUAAUUACCAAUUACAAUGUCAGAGUUAUUGGAAGUUUUUUAUUCCAGAAAAUGGACCAUUUUAGUUUGUGUGUGUGUACAAUAUUUUGGCAACCUUAUAAGCAAUACAGCUGCCUAAUUUCUUUUUUCAUUAUUGUUUUGCCUUCACAGAAGCAAAGGUGGCAUUAAGUGUAACACUUCCUAUAAGUAUGUCUGUACGUAUGUAUCUUCGUUUUUUCUAUAAGUCUGUACAUAUGUCCUUAAAUUGGUUUCCUUUCUCAAACUUUACUUGUUUGCCACAACCAAAUUUUAUGAAAAUGCUUAUUUCCACAAAACAUUUAUAGAUCAAGUUCAAAUGUGGAUGGCAUCCUUUUUACUAUCUUGAGUUAUGUCCCUUUAAAACAUUAAAUGCAAGAGGGGUAUCAUUUGUGUUCCAUGGUCACAUUCUCUAUUUAUUUUACCGGUAGAUCUGUUUCAGAGUUGAAUGUAUUUUUCACAAUAUUUUCAGUUUAUUACUUAUAAGCACAAAUGCACUAGUUUAUGAAUACAAUACUUGUACAAUCAAUGUAUCUGUGAAGACUUGGGCUUGUUCAUUUACUUAUAUUUGAUUUGGCAACUUUACUUUUAUUGUAACUUUACUUUGAAGAAAAAAGACUGAAGUAAAAUUGAAUUCAUGCUUAUGCUUUUUUUUAGAUUUUUCAAAAUGAAAUAAAAGACUUUAAUUUC